GGUCGGGCAGUCACGCGCUCUACAGCAACCCGUCAGGAAGAAGAAAAACAAAACAAACCCGAGAGAGAACUGUAACAGCGUGUGGACUCCAUUGAAAAGAGGAUCCUAUUAUUUCCAACACGGGGACAUACACGAGGUCCGAAACGAAGCGAGACGUGUGCACGGGCGUCCCAAAAACCUGAAGCAUACCAAGAACCACACCAGACCACAACAGACCAGACCAGGUUGAGCCCAACUAUUGACACCCUCCCUUUCCCCUCCCCCUCAGCCUUGAAGGCUGCAGCCACCAGAUCUCUCCUUUUAGCAGUAACUUAUUGCUGCUGAUCGGACAACCUCAGGCCUCCGGAACAGGACAGGAGGCCCAGAGGUUCCCUUAGCUGGAGCUACAAACUGUGCUUUGCUAUGCCUUUGCCCAGCCUCAGUGGUAUGGAGCCUCCCUUUGCUGAUGCUUUUCAGAACUACUCCUUCGCUGAUCAGGCCCUCACCAGCACUGAGUUGCUCGCCAGCAGCUCUGACCCAGAUUUCAUGUACGAACUGGACAGAGACAUAACCCACCGGCAGAGUCCCUGUCGGGACAGCAUCACGGGGGUCGCAGACGGAGGAAAGGAAGUGGAGGGCUGUUUGGAUCAGCUCAUGGUUCUGGGCGAGAGUGAGACCGUCUGCAGCAGCCCAGCAUUCGAACAGUGGGACUCCUACUGGGAAGAUGUCAACAGAUACACACGGCUGGCCAGCUGUGACAUCUGGGGCACCAAAGAGGUAGAUUUCCUUGGAUUAGAUGACUUCUCUAGUCCCUACCAGGACGAGGAAGAGAUUGGUAGAACCCCGACGCUGGCUCAGCUCAACAGCGAGGAUUCGCAGCCUGUGUGUGAGGUGUUGUACCCACCUGCUGACCUGUUGAUGUCUGUCCCUCAACCUCAGCUCUCCCAGCUUCCCUGUCACAGUAGGAGACACCUGGUCCCUGGCCAGGGAUUGGGCCCCGGAUCUGCACGGCCCUCCCUAAGCUUCACAUCCUCUUUCCGUCCUUCCCGCAGCUUUCUCCCAGACUUUCCUGAAAGCUCCAAAAAAGCCACCAGACCUGUCCCCUCCAGCACUGAGACUAUGGCCAAGAACCAGAAUCUCCUCAGUCUCACAAAGGACCACGGCCAAGCUGAAACCAGGCCCCAGUGGCGAGGAACCAAGAUGGCAGCCCCAACUUCUGACGGCACUAACUUUGUGUGGAAGGCUAAAGUCUGUAUGAGUGCUGUGCAUAAAACUCAGCCCGAUAUGCCCUCCCAGACAGAUUUUGAGAAGUCAGGUCCCCCUCCACCUCUAUCCCAGCCAGAAGACGAGAAGGCCUGCACUUCAGCGAGCGCCACCUUGGUGGUAAUUCCUGUUUCUGCAGCCAGUGGCUCUGCCAGCCUGACGAGCUUUGAGAGGAAGGAGAUGCCUGUAGUAGGCUGGUCUGCCAGUGUGCCCCGGAUGGUUGAGGCGGGCCAGACCCUGGAGGGCAGCACCUCUGGGCUGGUCAGCAGCGGCGAUAGCAUGGCAGGGGCUAGCGGCGAUAGCAUGGCAGGGGCUAGCGGCGAUAGCAUGGCAGGGGCUAGUGGCGAUAGCAUGGCAGGGGCUAGCGGCGGUGGCAGCGGUCUGGCUGACGAGGGUGCGGAGAAGAGCAAGGAAGAGGAGCACAACUACUCUCUGUUCUUGACCCGCAGCAAGCUGGCCGGCAGAGGGGAGGAGGAGGAGGAGGAGGAGGAGGAAGAAGAUGAAGAGGAAGAAGACGACGAGGAAGAUGCGGAAGAGGAGGAAGGCGAUGGGCUUGAGUUGGAUGACGAAAACCACGAUGAGGGUUUCGGCAGUGAGCACGAGCUGUCUGAGAAUGAGGAGGAUGAGGAUGAGGAGGAGGAUGAAGACUACGAAGCUGACAAGGACGACGACAUGAGUGAUGCCUUCUCCGAGCCAGGCUGUGACAUGGAGCUAAUGGAGGACAUAAAAGGCCUGACGGCAGGAGUCUCCAGCCGGAAGAGAGGCAAACGUCGCUACUUCUGGGAGUACAGCGAGCAGCUCACCCCCUCCAAACAGGAACGUAUGCUUAAGCCGUCUGAGUGGGACAGACACACGCUACCUAGCAACCUGUACCAGAAGAACGGGCCUCUCCAUGGAAAGUAUAUGCUGAAGAAGUCUCGCCGCACAGACGUGGAAGACCUGACCCCCAAUCCACGCAAGCUGCUGCAGAUUGGCACCGAGCUUCGUAAAUUGAACAAGGUGAUCAGCGACUUGACGCCCGUCAGUGAGCUGCCGCUGACCGCACGGCCACGGUCACGCAAGGAGAAGAACAAGCUGGCAUCCAGAGCUUGUCGUUUAAAAAAGAAGGCCCAGUAUGAAGCAAACAAGGUGAAGCUCUGGGGACUGAGCACGGAGUACGAUCGGCUGCUCUUUGUGAUCAAUGCCAUCAAGGAGGAGAUAGUUGCCCGAGUGGAGGAUUCUUCUCCGCGUCCGACCAACAUGGCCGACACUCUGGAGCAUCUCAUCCAGGACACACUCGUGGCAUCACCUGUUGCUGGGCAGACUUCAGAUUUUGUCAACAAGAUCUUGGAGAACACAGGACGUGGUGAUCCUACCGGCGGACUGGUCGGCCUGCGAGUCCCGACCUCCAAAAUGUAGACAGACUGAGAGCAGUGGACUAAAUAUUUCCACAGUGCUGUCACAUUGUAACUAUGCUCCCUGCUGCAUGCCCCCUCCAACCCAGAGUACAUACACAUUGUUAGUCACACAAACACACAUACCACUCCCUGUGUGUAUGUAUGUGUGCUUGUUUUAGCCAUGCACCUAUAUGGCAUACACCUUAGCUUACUGUCUCUGCAGAGACAGUGUGUCACUGUCUCCCAACCCAUCGUCAGCCUCUGUUGGGAAAAGCACCUCUAAAAGCAGGGGAUGGUUAGGUGUAUAGCUAAUAGCACGUCCUAAAUCCACUGGUGACUAUUAGAUGUGUUUAACAUAGUGUUGUAUAGGGUUGAUUCUGUCGGAGGUCUGCUUCCAGUGCUGACACGAAGACAGUCCCACGAGUGUAACCACUGGAAUACUUUCACAUAGUUCAUUUGAGGUUGUAAUGAUAGAGGAAGAAUUGUUACACGUCAGAUACCAUCAAAGAUUGAACACGUUUCCAGUUAUCAUUUCCUAGAAGAGGCUCACCUAACGUGGCAACACAAAUUAACUCCAAGGUGUUGAAUUGAUCCACAGCUUUGGUUGCCAAGACAGCUGCGGAGAAAUAAAAAAAAAUAAAAGAAGGGUGCUCCGAGGUGUUUUGGGGUGGCAGGAAGUAUUUUGUAUUGAAGGCCUAAAUAUGUUCAUGCCAUCCCCUGUUUGCCAAUCAGGUCUGCUGUUGCUAAAAUGUAGGAGUUCACUUUGAUCAAAGUAAAGCUCGAAACAAAAAAGCAAUAGAAGCUUAAAGUCAAAAUUCGACUUAGACGAUUAAGCGACAGACAUCCUGCAGUUCGCGACAGGCAGGAGGAAGCUUAAUGCCUCAUUUUGACUAUGUUAACUUAAAGGGUGGUUGGCCAUGUGGAGUGGAAGGGAAUGUAGUUUGGUGCUUUUGGCCUUGUGCUGGUUAUAACUGGACCGGGUGAAACGGGCAUUUUGCCAGAAUGGGAGCAGACUGUGAGGAAGAUAAUUAUGGUGGUGAUGAAGAUGACAAACAGUGAUCGAUCUCUUCUAGGAAACUGUACAUAAAAGUGUCUCCCAGUGAAAAACGGCACUGGCUCCUCUUUUUGUACAGUAGAGAUGUUCAUACUAGUGUUUGAUCAGAGUUCUAUUCAUUGUGCCUUGUGUAUGUAUGCGUGUGUUUCUGUAAGUCUGAGUGAGUGCAUGAGAGGGACUGACCGAGAAGAGGUGAUGGGUCUGAACUCCCCGAGGUCCAGCCAAGGAGCGGACAGCUUUACACUGAGGGAGAUUGUUGGUGGAUGCGAGGAGGGAGACAACUGUGGGUUUUGUUGUGUUUUUCAGUUGUCUAAAGAUAUUCUGAAUGUACAAAAAUAAGUGGAAGCUCUCGUUGCGCCAUGCCACAGAGUCUGUGUAUAUAGGAGGGCUCCGCAAUGGAUUAUUUUAGUUUUUUGGUACCUUGUCUUUAGGGAUCGGGGAGGGUUAACAGAUAUUUUCGUUUAGAGUUACAAAAAAGAUUUGCACACUAUAUUUUGAUUGUUUUUUGUACCAAAGACACAUGCAACGAAAUGGCGACCAGCCAGUUAAAGUAAGGUUUUGCACAGCUUAACUGACACCGUAUUGAAUGUAAGAAAUGUGGGAGGGUCAGGGAACUUCAUAGAACUGUGAAAUUAGCUUGGGUCCAAUUCUGUACAGAAAAGGAACAUUCAAUUAUUUUUUUAAGAAUAUGAAAAUUAACUCCAUCUGUGGGCUUCUCCAGUAGAUGUGUGGCUUAGCAAGCACUUAAUUCCUGAACUUGUUCCUCCCUCCACAUGCUAAUUGUUUUUAUGGCGCUAUUUAGGACAAAAACCAAGAGCGCUAGUAGAUAAGCUAUGUUACAUUUUUGUUUGUCAAAAUGUCACCAACAAUAACCAAAACAUUUUGUUCCUGGUGUCACUUGUUUGAUUUCUGUAUGUAGAUGAGGUCUCGUCCAUCAACAGAAUAUUAACUGAGUUGUGUUUUAAAGUACUGUCUAUAGAAACAUUAAUGCUAUCUAGCAAUGGUGAAAUGCCACUUUUCAUGACAAUUUAUUAAUUUUUAAGCAUGACACAUUUCUAAAUCCUAUCCUUGCAUCGAGUAAGUUAGAGGGGGAAAAAAAGAGAAAAAAAACACAACAAAAAAAAGUUAUUGUUAUAUUUUUGUACUUUAGCUGCCUGCUAUCUUUCCUGUUGGUUUGGAAAUAUUUGAGUAGAGAUGAGGAGGAAAAGAGGAGACCGGUCUUAAAGAGCAGUCAAUUGAUCUUAUAUGUUUGAUAUAUAAACUGGCACCUGACCCUUUCGCUAUCAUUUACUGGUUGAGGGAUUUACAGAGAAUCCGGACUGCAUUCAUUUGAAACACAAUGCAGCAACGCCAUGGUGCACUUUGAGUUGUCUAUAAAGCGAAUGAGGACCUGCUGUCCUUAGCAAGGACAGGGGCAUGUCCAGGAAAGCAAGAAACUCAGAGGACAGCAUGGAGAUGUGAGGGCAGUUGCUGCAUGAAAGCCAAAGCCAUUUGAGUGUUUCCCAGAUUGAUCUGGAUUCAGCACUGUGCAUUGUGUUCACCCUUUUCCCACAUAUUCCCUUGAACAUGAAACCAGUUGAAUUUUGCAUUUCCUGGGAUUGACAUCGCUGCCUUUGAGGCUGGCCUUACCUUCGGUCCUCAGCUCACAUCCUUCCUGACCAGUCGCAGCCUCAAAUAAUAUCUUUCUUCCCCAAAACAUGCAGAGUUACAAUACCCAGGCCACAGAUUGGUAGCAUGCCCAACCUUUAGAAAUGCAUGAUGCCUGUAUGCUGGCCUUCCUGCUGCCUCCUCAGAGGAAACGCCGACAUUCCCAGGAAUUUUAAAAUUCAACCAGAGUUCUCUGUCAGCAGGCGAAUACAAACAAAAAGUACAUGUGUGACGAGGCUGAAUUCAGGUUAGUUUGAAGUGAGGAAAGUACUCCUUCACAGACAGAACUCUGAUGUCUGGUGAUGGCGAUGCAGAGCUGUGGUCUCUCUGUACUGUGUGAUUGAAUAACAGCUAGUGCUGCAUAUAUAUAUAUUUUUACCGAUUUGUUUUCCGUCUAAAAAGGGAGAAAUGGUGCUUUUUUCUGAAACUAGGAUGAUGAGUAUCCAUGAUUCUUAUUCGACUUCUUAGUGCUAGUUGUAGCCUAAUGACUUGCCCUCCCCGACCGUCCAUAGCUAUUUUCUUAGGAGUGAUUCAUUUUUGUAAAUAGAAUAUAAGUUGAUAUGUACCUUCUAAAUGUUAGAUAUAUGUAUAGAAUACUCUAUCUUAUAUGUUUGAAAACAAAAGCACUUUGUCCAAAAAAGGAAAAAAACAAACAAAAAGAAAGCAUUUUUUUUCUUCCAUUUGCUGCUAAAAGGCCUGGUGUGAAUGCUGCAAGUGUACUUGAUGACUACUUGCCAGGAUAGGUCUAUCACCUGACUUGGCUAGGUCUAUAAACUAGCAAGGAAUAGGUGUACGGUCUGACGAGGGUUGGGUCUAAAUGUAAUGAUAUGAGGUGCUGUAUGAGCAUGUAUCACUGCUUGGCUCUGGGAAGCCCAGACAGGAUAGAUUUAUUUCCUGGUCAGGAACCGUGUGGAUAGUGUGUUUGUGGUCUUAUAAAAAAAAAAGAGGGUUUUGAUUCCAGGGCCCCUACGUUGGUCUUGAUGCUGACCCCCUUGGCGUCAUGAUCCAUUUGCCUUCAGUAGAGGUUUCCUAUGGAAAAAUUGAUUCUGCUUUGGCUUCCUCUUCAGGGUGAUGUACAGUGUGACACAUUUCUCCAGAGAGCUAUAUUGUUAUCAUUUGUAAACUGAUUUCUACUUGUGACUUAAUGAGGAGGGGAUUUAGCCCGAGGCGGCCAGGAAGAGCCCGUUUUAAAGAUGCUGUUCCGGGCCGCCUUGGGGGAGGUUACUAUAUCACUGUACUGUAUGGCAAGCCAGUUACAAAUGGAGACUCAAUCCGGACACUUAAUGCCUUUUUGAACUUUGAACUUACACACAAAACAAAUAAUUACUUAGCAGACAUGUCAGUUGCCAAGGGGUGUGCCUGAGGUUUAUGACAUUGUUCGGCCAAUAUAUUGUCAACGACAACAAAACCAUUCAGCCCGAUUGGCUCAAAACAACCUUGACUGAAGUAGCAGACGUGGUGAAAUAGGUCUGAAAAAUGGCUUCAAAACGUUGAACUUCUUGUGCUCAGUUGUAUCUUUUAGGACAACUUUUGAAGCAUUUUUUUCAACUACAAUUUUACCCAGCUCUGGUAGGGGGUCGAUAGUGGUUAAAGAGCCACUGGUUGGCCAAUAGUAGACCAGCUCAGCGGAGUGCGAGUGCGAGUGCGAGUGCGAGUGCGUGUGCGUGUGCGUGUGUGUGUGUGUGUGUUUUGUAGACGAUCACAAAGCUGAAUCGAGAUAGAGUCCUCACAGGUUUUUACAUUUAACAUGAUAGGUGCAAGCUGUGCAACUUUACAUUCAGACCAGGAGACUCUGUGGCAUUUUAAUAGUCAAGGAAAUGAGUGAAAAUGCACGCCAGUAAAACUAUUCCUUAUUCUUUUUAUUUCUGAUGACAUAAAUCCUAUACUGUCAACUAUUAAGCUAAUAUAGUGUGUAACUUUGUGCUCCUCUUGUCCAAUAAAAGCUAAGUGGAUCCAUAAAGCUCUUCUUCAGCACAUCAGGGUAAUAUCGUUCUAUCUGACAUAUGUGAUGACUUAUAAAAUCAAAAGAAAUCUAUAUUUAUGUAUUCCAAUUAUUGUCGCCAUUCUUUACUCUGUACAAAAUAUUUUGUGCGUGUGUGUGUUAUGAAUUGUCAAUGUCAAUCAAUAUAGUGCAAUGCUCGCUACACAACCUUAAAAAAGGCCAAUAGACUUGGCACAAUAAUUUACAAAGUUUCUCCGCUUUCUCCAAAUAGGUAUUCAAACAUACACAACCUGCAACAUUUCCCUCUCGCAAAAGGAUUUUACUCUGAUUUCCCGCCAGGAUCUAACUGGGGUUUGUCACAUGGUGCUGAUUACUUUUCCAAGAAACCAUCCAAUAAUGAAAAUGGCAUAUGUAUUGGAUCCACUCACACAGAGAACAUGCGAUUAUUGUUCUCAAUAACUGUCAUCGGACACUUCCCCCACUGAUCAUUUGCAUUGAACUGUCCCUGUUGGACCAAUCAGAGGAAUAUUCUUACUCUUCUCAACAGCAGAAUGGUGAUUGCUUUAUUAUUGAGCUGUAUGGUUGCUAUUGUUGGGUAUACCACAUUUUGUAUGUACAAUUCAGACUCCUUGAUUUGAUACCAUUGCCCAAAGUCACAGAGGAUCUUUAUUCCAUCUGAGAGGUACAAAACAUUCACUUUUGAUUUAAGUAGCAAGUGGAAUUUUCUUCUCAUGUUAAAAUGUUGACGUUGAGAGAGGAAAUAUUUGGUAAUGCUUUUAUUUCAUCAUUGUUUUUGUAGUUUUAGAAUAAUUUCAAAGAAGUUUCUUUUAAAGAGAUUUGCAGUUUAGUAAUGUAACUUAAAAUGAAUCGAUUUGAGUUUUAGUCCGUGCAAAGGGCUGAACACGCCAAAACAUGCAAUUCAACAUGAAUGGAGAAUAAGUUUAUUUUGUAUAAUAAGUUUAUAAUUACUCUAUGUUAAAGGGACAGGUGUCACCUCAGCUCUAUCCUCAGCUCUAUUGAGCAUUUGAGUGUCUUUCAGCUCGCUUGUUGUUGGGCCAGCAACUUAGUCUGAUAUCAUCAAAAACCCACUGUACACUUCCUGCUCCGCACCAAACAGUGGAUAGUUAGCAAUAUAGUGAGUGAAUAUAGCGGAACAUUUAGCAGCUAAAUAUCCAGGUAUUUCACCCAGGAGUUGGUGGAGACCAAAAGCAGAGUUUAAAAAAAGAGUGUAUAUUGGACUUACUUUCAACAGGUUGCCUGAAACAGGAGUACAGGGCUGUUCGAUAACAUGUUAGCCACAACAACAAAGUGAAAAGGAAUCAAGAAACUUCUUAGGAAGUUAUUAGGAAAUUACAAAUCUGUAAUAUGAGUGCCACCAAAUAUUAUCGUCUCAAUAAAUUGGGUUUGUAAAAAAGAAAAGAAAAAGACUUUACCUCCUGUUGGCUGUGGUGUCAGAUCUCAGAGUCUGGUUUUGAGUUUCUUUCGGGGGCUUUUCAAAUUUGUCCUGUCUUGUUCGGACCCAUGUGGGCUACCCUGCUUGUCAAAACACCUCAUAUUCAGAGGCUGUGUACUCACUAACCUGCACAUUUUGUUCCUACAGAAUACAAACAGAAAUGUACUCUGUUAAAAAAAAAAGACGGAGUAGGAAUAAUGUUUCUGCAUGACGAUUUCCUGCAAAGUACUGAUGGAAUCAAAUAAUGUCUGGAAUUCUUUGCAGAUCGUGAAACGAUUUGUCCGAUCAAUGGAAAGGUUCUCCAUUGUUUCUGCACUCUGUCGAAUGAUUUCACACUUGCUGCUAUUGAACGAGCACAAGAGUUUUUGGUUCAGUGUCCAUGACAUAAUUAGAGUAUUUUAUUACCACACACCCUGUUUUUUUUUUUUUUUUUUACACUUUUUUCCAACGACAACCAACAGUGUUACUCACCUUGCACUUGUUUUUUUGAAUAUGAUGCCUGCUGAACCAGGUGCCUUAAUCAAAUAUAUGAGAACACAAAUCUGCACCUUCUGUCAGUCUGGAGGGGAUUCCCUACAGAAAUAAGGGACCGGGUUUCCCAAAACCUACACUUGAAGUACACAAAUGAAAUGAAAACCUAAUUUUAAUCCCAAAUCAAUAGAUUUUGUCUAAUAAGCAGCCUUAAACAGCCGAUAUGCUGUUUGUCGUGUCUGCAAUGGAUUUACCUUUUUAACGUGGAACUGAAGAAGAACAUAAAUUCAAACUCUAAAUUGAUGUUUUGGGAAACCUGGUUCUGUCUUUUAACUCUUUCUCUGCCCACUACGCCACGUUAUUGUGUUUUGUGUAUUGGCUGCUGCUGCUAUAACCGCUGGUGUGUCCAUGUAGAGAAGAGCAAACUCCCUCUGUCUGAGGCAGAGAGACACUUGGGCCUGCUUUUUUACCUAGUCAAUUAAAUUGCAUUCUUCUUCUUCUGUGGUUUUUGACAUGGAGCACCGUGUUGCCGCCUCUUUUUCGAGAAAAACAAAACGAAACUAAAAAGCAUAAAACAGAAUUUUCCGUUUCUUAACUUUGUUAUUAUAAAGUGCCAGACCGUCCUUGAAGUCAGUGUUGGCACUGAGUCGCAGGGUGCGAAUGAAGUGACAAACUGAGCAUCGAGGCAAACUGUGGUGCUAAUCUGUCAGUGGCUGGGUGCUAACAUGGCUGUGUUAAAAAGCAGUUUUAGCCAUAUUAUUCCUUCUGUCGACGACUCUAGUCAGUGCUGUGUUUCUGACUGCUGCACUGCUGUAUGCUGACAUAGCGAGGUAUAACGCUGCUGCUUUGCUGAUGAAUGUAGACUAGUCUUCCUCAGCAGGAUCAUAAAGACAGACGUGAGUGUCUGGUUGUACAGAGGUCAGAAUCCAGAAAGAUAAUGAAUGUUGUAUCUUUAUAUGGCGCUGUCCUGCUUGUGUAUGUUUAAACUUUUUUAAAAUAUAUUAUCAAUAAUAUGUUUGAUAUUUAUGCUCUGACUCUGUUGCACGUUAGACCCCUAAAUUAUAUUUUGUUGCGUAUUUUUCCAAUCCCAGUGUUCAUACCAUUUGUUUGAUAUUUAUUUGUUUUGUCCUGUUAAUUAACAUGUAAGGAGACAAUUUGUUGAAACUAGAUUUAAUAGUUUUUCCACUGAAACAGGCUUUACCAGGAGUCAUAGACUUCACGGCGUUCAUAAACCUGAAUCAAAGUCACAAUGAAAACAGUUUUGUUUUUUUACUUAACUUGCUUCAUUAUGCCAUUUUAUACAGCUGUAUAUAACUACAUCAUUAACUAUAUUUAAUCAUUAUAUAUCUCUAAUAAAACCUCAUGUAGAUUUAUUUUAAAUCCUGCUACUGCACUUUGGAGAUGGUUAUAAUAUGAUAUAUAAAUGGUUCUAAAGACAAUCAAUAAUUCAUGUUUAAUUAGACAGAGUGCAUCAAUAAAAACUUUUGACAACGGAGAUAUUACAAAUCAUAAAAAUCUGUUAUCAACAGAUAAUUAAUAUAGAUAUAUAAAUACCCAAAAGAGACAAUAUUUGUAAAUCACGUGCAAAAUCCUACUAAAACCAAAGUCUUUGAAGGCACAUGAAGCGGAUACUCCAGUUAUUGGGAGUGAUGCACACAUACGGGAAGAUGAACAAGAAAUAUUGUCCUGUGUGUGGACGCGUGUGUUGGCUCAGUGCAAACAGGAUAUGAUAUCAAUAAGCUGAAAGUAACGCACAGACUGCACCGAUUUGGCCACGAAACGUACAAUAUGUCAUAAUAAAUCAUUUGUAUAAAUUAGAUCAAAUUACCACACAUAGCGGCGUCAGUUCAUGCCUGUCUCGCCCUCAGUAAUCUAUGACUUUCCACCGGUUAAAGGAAGCAAGAUGCGGUCAGAGCUGUGGUUUCAUUGUGACUUUGAUUAAGCACAUUGAGCGUUCUGUCAUUGAAGGCUUGAGGCGGUCAGGCGGGGCCAGUAGAGCCCCACACCAGACUCACCGGGUCAGCAAAGAGAACCUCUUCUUGACACAACUCUUCUUUUGUCGUGCCUCUGGUCCGAGGUUCGGGUGCUCCACAGCUUGGAAGCUUGGGUUUAGGAGUCGGCUCGCCUGCUCUCUGACUUUGGUGGGAAAAUGUAAACAUUUGAUCAGUUUUCUGGGAAAACUUCACCACUGCGCCAGAGAUGUUUCGCCCCCUUCUGGGUGCUUUUUUUUCUUUUCAGAAGGGCUUUGGUUCGCAGUUGUCUUGUCAGGGAGCUCCUGAUAUUAGCCAGGGGCCACUAAAGGCUGGUGGGCAGAGACCCCUCAUCCUCCCCUUCAAUGAAUGAUCGGGGGAGGGGAGUCAUUUCCUCUUCUGCAGACUGAUCUUAUUGAAGCAAACGGCAACAAAACAUCCUUCAUAAUAUAAACAACCCCUCUUUUCAUAUCUACACGCGUCAUCAUACACCACUGCAGUGAUUUACAUCUCCUUCCAGAUUUACCAAAAUGCAUGAAGAGAGACAGAGACAUUUAACAAACAGGAAAUGCUUAUCCUAAAGCAUACGUUCUGUUUCUUUAUUUUUAUUUCUUCAAUUUUGAUAAUCAAGACAGAGAAAUUAUUUUAUAGUCAAAUCCAUGCAAGUUCAUGUCGAGGAUGUAGAUGGUAUCGGUCAUUCUGAGCUCCACAGCUACAUGCCAUUGUUAUGAUGCUUCUGGUCUUGUAUGGUAACUUAUUGGACUAGAUCAACAGCAUGGGAUCUUUCUGUAGUUAGUCCUGUGUGUGUUCCUCUCCCCAGUCUCAGUAGGAAGGCUGUACUUCAUUGCUAAGUGCUCUAUAAUAGAUCUCUUGGUGAUUAUAAUUUCUUUAAGAAGCAACACCUGCAGAAAGUGUAUCCUGCUGAAACUAACUUGAUCCUCUCUUUAGCAAUGACGUCUAUAUUUGUAGUUCACAUAUAUGCCUGUUCGAAUACAAUAUCUUGACAGUUGUUAUAUUUAUGUUGUGUAAUAAAUGUUGUGCUGGGUUUUUACUUUUGUUUUAUCUAACGUUUUCUUGUUUUUUUGUUUUUUGGAUGCACAGUGAGGGGGGGGGGGGGGGGGCUUUAUGCACAGUCAUGGAAAUCUAAAAGAUGAUUUUUUUUUUAAUUUAUAUUUGGGUUUGUACAUUAACAACUCAUUCUGUUUCAGAGCUUCUGACAGUUUUGUCUGUGGCUGUUGUGUUAUUGUGCCUCUUUAUUUUUCUUUCUUUUUUAAACCAUUCUUUCUCUGAGUUGGUACCACAGCUCUGCUUGUAACCACAAUAGUCUGAUUAUGUUUAUUGAUUUUAAUAUCAAAAUAAUAAAACCAUUAGCACCCCA